AUGUCGGAUUUCAGACUCAAACAGGAGAAACUUCCUCCCGCGCUGGUAUUUCUCACGACCGUGUGUCCCGGACUCCCUUACCUAGAUGAAAACACCCAUUUUUCUGUAAGUUCUCUUCUAGAUAGAAGCAAAACCAAAACAAUAGAACACUUCAAUUGGCCAUUGACGGGACUGGUGACGUCUCCCUCGGUGCUGGCCACGCUAGAAGACGUCUACUUGAAUGUGGCUCGCCCACCAUACCAGACGGACGACAACAAGAACGCAGAACUGUCGACAUAUGUGCUGCUUCCGUUGCAUAUCACUAGUUUGUUCGCCCAAGUGGUCCAGGAGACGGGCGAGCAGAAUGAUAAUAGCAAUAAUAGACAUCUCCAUAUUGGCGCAAGUGUCAAUCCGUUGGUCCACGAUCCCUUCCGUUUGGUGCUGUUGAAUGCGGGCUGUCUCAGUGCCAUCAUUCGCUUACCCCAUGAACCCAAGCCAGCUCAUGGGUCUGGUGGGGUUCGUGAACCUUUGAACAAACUUGCCAAUAGUCUCAAUCGUGUUCUACGCUUCGGCACUCUGGAACUGUCGGACCCGGAUCCGCUCUUCCAUCUGAUUCCAGGCCAUGUAGAUGCCGAGGGCAGCAACUCUCGCAAGGCGCCCAAAGAUUCGCCUUUCGCUCACCUUGUAGACUUCAAUCAGAAACUCUAUUACGCACAGAUGGAUUCGCCAGCGGUGCAAAAACUCUUGGUCAGCGUCAACAUAAACGUUUUAAAUAUCUUUGCGCUAGAUGAAAAGUUCGACUAUGCCAACACUUCUACGGUUGUGUCAACCAAUACGCUUUUCCCGGCCCCUCAACCGCAAGCAUCUGCUACCGCAUCAGCGUCGUCUACUGCUAGUGUCACACUGACCCAUUCCCAGGUCGCUCCUUACAACAAGGUCGUAGAACGGCCAAUCCUCCGGUUGCAGUUUAAAUGCUCUAUUGUUGUAACAAGCAUGUUAGUUCUCAAGUCAGAACCAGCUGUCGUUCUCGGUUUGAAUACUGGAGAGGUCAUCUACAUCAAUCUAUGCAACUUGACUUACCGCCAUUUCACUGACCUUGGCGCUGAUGGCUCUGAUCAGCAAUCCGUUGCCAUUCCUGACGCUAUAACUGCUAUCAAUGCGAUUGUGCAUCCAUCGAGGGGACAUCUUUUAAUUCUCGGAAAUGCCUCCGGAGAAGUCAUGAUUCUUGAUCCGUUUGCACCAGCAAGCUCAAGUUCGAAGCCUUAUAAAAAAACAGUAACAGGCAAGGACAAAUUCGUUACUUUCUUUAAGAAAUUUGAUCUAAGUUUCACGGCAGGAAAGGAGCCAAACUCUGCAGGCGAUUCAUCUCCUGCUUACAUUGUUGGUCACUUCAAACUCAGUCAUAAGCCCAUCACUUGCAUUGCCAGUACCAUUGCACACGAUGCCCGUAUUCAAUUCCCCAGCAACCCAAUGAUUAUUGCAAUUGCCUCAGAAGAUGGUUUCGUCCGUUUUAUUGACCUAAUUGCCACUCAUGGAAAAAAUUAUGGUGACCCAUCCAAUUUUUACAAUCUGCUGAUACUCACAGACAUUAUAUCUUGCUAUUUCCAGGACGGUGUAAGAUUCAUCGAGUUUUCGCCUGAUUUUCGUUUCAUAUGUAUUUGUGGAAAAGGAGACUCAAUUGAAAUUUUCAAAAUGAGCUACUACAAUGUCAAUGGAUUGCUCUUGAAAAAUAACGAAGUCCCAAAGAAGGGAGGGCGCUCGCGCAGUAAUACAAUUACUAGUUCGACUUCUAACACUCAUAACCUGUCUUUGUUUUCGCCUCCCAUGAGUUCAAAUACUUCUCAAACAUUCGAAAUGCAACGCGAAGAUUCGCAUGAAGCAAAGUAUCCUCCUACAAUAAAGGACAUCGUCAUAGUGAGCAGAUUCAAAGCCCACACAAACACUGUCGAGCGUAUAGCGUUCGUAAAAGCUGAUGAAUUUCAUCAGACCAAGUCCAAACCUGGCCAUGAUGUCUACAAUUUCAUCUCAUGUGGAAAAGAUGGCAAUGUUAUGGUUUGGGAGCUCAACACCAAAGCUCUCACAAAGACUAAAAAGACACAUUUGAUCACAGCCCACCGAAACCAGUCUGUAAUUAGUGAGAAACGAUCCGAAAGACAUACUCCUUUGGUGAGUGAAAGUAUGUCGGCAAGUCAAUCACAAGCCACGAAUAGAACACUUCCAAGCUUGCUUCCCAAAAAACACCAGAGAAAUAGAUCCAUAACUUCACAUGAUGACAAUCCACUUGCUCUGUCUUUUAGUGCGUUGGGAAUUAAUAAUUUGUUAGGUUCAAGCCCCCCACCUCAAAACCAGACAGAAAAUUCGGAGGAACAGAGCAAUAUUGUCAAUUCUCUCUAUAGAUCUCUUUACGAACUACGUUUGAAAAAGCAUUACGGAAAACAAGAGAGCAAGCACAAGUUUCAGUGCGUUUUGCAUGGAAUUGUUGAUGACUCCGAAGUUCCCAUCAUGAGAAUUCCUUUGCUCACUAUGAACCUUCUGUGUCUAAUCAAAGAAGCCAGUAUAAGUGGGUUUCACCUUGCUUCAAAUGAUUUUUGGAUUUUUGGAAGUACUGGUGACAUAUUUAGGUACAAAAUCGAAUAG